AUGCCUGGUGAAAGCUACCCUGACACACGGCUGAAGGCGACCCUUGGGGAGCUGACGCCGAUUUUCAAGAAGGCGUUCGACGUGAAGUCUGACGGGGAUGUGGAAUGGAUGAUGUUCACGUUCGCACCUGGGCGCGUGAACCUGAUUGGUGAGCACGUUGACUACAUGCACGGGUGGGUCUGCCCGGCGGCCGUGCUGGACGGCACGCACAUCCUUGUGGGCCGCGUGAAGCACCUGGUGGACGAGAAGCAGCCGAAGCUGCGCUUCUACUCGACUAUCUACCGCGAGCUGUUUGAGCUGGACUCGAUCAACGGCCCGACGACGGGCGCGAAGGGGGACAAGUCGUGGAAGACGUUCAUCCGCGGCGCCAUGACGCUGCGCCUGAAGCAACUCGGCAUCGACGUGGGGGCGCAGCCGCUGCGCGGUGUUUGCAUGGUGGUGCACGGGACGCUGCCCCUCGGCGCGGGCAUGAGCGCCUCGGCGGCCUUCGGCGUGUCGCUCCUGCAGACCAUCGACGCGUGCGCGACGCAGAGCUACAAGCUGGCGACGAAGCCGACGCCCGGGCGGAAGUACGCCAUCCUGGAUCGUAAGCCUUCCGAGGAGUUAAUCCAGCUUGCGAAGCAGGGGCGCCAGAUUGAGACGGACUUCUGCGGCGUGAACAUCGGCAUCAUGGACCAGUUUGUUUCCGCGCUCGCGGAGGCGGGCAAGUUCAUCUUCCUGGACUGCAAGGACCUCAGCUACUCGAUCUGCUCGUUGGAGCAUGUACUUGGGUCGAAGGGCGAGUACUGCGUCAUGUUGAUCGACUCCAUGAUCAAACAUGAGCUGAUUGGGGAAUCCGCGAACGUGUACAACACCCUGCGCAGCGACCAGGAGAGCGCGGAGAAGAAGAUCACGGAGCACGUCUUCGGCGGCAAGAAGACGUUCACCUUUACGGAUUGGGUGCGCCAUCCCGAGGCGUUCGGCAGCUGUCACAGCCAGGCGGGGGACCUGAUGGCCAAGGCCAAGCCCCACCUGACCGUCGGCGAAUUCGAGCGCGGCUCCUACCAGAUCCAGGAGCAGCUUCGGACGCUUGAGUUCAAGAAGGUGGCGGAUCCCUCGAAGACGCCCGAGCUAUCGCACGAGGAGCGAGUCCGGAAGGCUGGUGCCCUGCUGAACGAGGCGCACGAGGGCAUGAAGAAGCAGCUCCGGAACACCACGCCGGAGAUCGACUUCAUUCAGGAGAUGCUGCGGCACGAUAAGGCUGUGGCGGGUGGCCGCAUGAUGGGUGGAGGCUUCGGAGGCUGUGUCAUCACGCUCGUGAAACGCAGCGAGCGGGACCGUGUGAUCCAGGACGUGCGCAAGGAGUUCAAGAAGCGCUUUAAUGUCGAGAAUAAGGUUUACAAGGUGGACCAGCUGGGCAGCGGCGUCUUCUCCGUUUCUCUCGCGUCCCUCAACUCGGCGAGCAAGAUCUAG